GAGGAAACAAGCCAUCAAGUGACAUCACUAGACAAGCCAUUACUCGAGUGGAACCCGAAAGGAAAGCGGCGAGUUGGUCGUCGGUGCUAGGGUGACUUGGAGGAGGUCGUGUGAAGAGGAGAUGAAAGCAUAUGGGUAGACUUGGAGUGGGGCGAAAAAGUUGGCAGAGAACAGAAGGUAAUGGAGAUGCACAGCUGGAUCCCUAUGUUCCUCUAGUAAUUGAAGGAUAUGAUAAUAAAUAAUAGUAAUGACAAAUAAGAUAUAUAUUUCAGUACAAAUUAACACUAUUGCAGAACAGAAAUCUUUCCAGUGUCACACAAACCAAAAGUGGUUUUUAUAAUCAAAAUCAAAUGAAUUAGUGAAAUAAUAGGCAUAUCUUACCAUCUGCAAACAUUCGGAAACCAUUUAUUUCGUAGUGAAAAUCGUUUUUGGCUGUAAUUGUUUUAGAUAAAAGUACUGUCAGUGUUUAAGUAGUGCUUGAAAAAUGUUAAAUUAUUUAAAAAUGGUUUAUUAACUAAUAGAUAUUACUAAAUGUAUGCAAAGGUGUUGAAUUAAACAAUCAGCGGUUUCAUGAAAUUGCAACAUAUGGAAUAAUAACUGCCUUACAGAUACUUAGUGGUCGUUCAUGUUACUCUCGAUUAGAUAGAAUUAACAAUACAGUCAUAUCUUGUUCAUAAAUCAUAUUUCUAAAGAAUUUCCAGCACCCAAAACUAGCCAUAUCACUGACAACUUUAACUUCAGGAAGAAUAUGCUAUGGUGAUAUUUAUACAGGUUGUCCGUGAACCAAAAAUAUUUGCAUAUGGUUGCCCACAUGAUAAAUGGCUAGAAUGAUUUUCCCUAAUACUCAAUCUGUUAUUUGUCACAAUAACAACUUCCGUCUCAGCGUCAGACUGUCUCCUCCUACUAUUACACGUGUUGGUGAUAAACUCAAUAAUCAUUUUCAGCCUAAGAUAAGAUAUCGACUCUUUAAUUAUUCUAGAAAAUCAUCUUCCAACUUCAACCAUGCACUUUAUGGUCAAGUACAAAAUGAAGGCCACAAGCAAAAUCUGUCGUCGUCAACAUAUCGAACUCUUAGAAGCAAUGGUAAAGGAAGAUGGGCUUGGGCUGAGUACAGAUUUUUACUUUUACCAGCCACCUUAGCAUUUUUUACACUUGUUGGUAUGCAAAUUGUUCUAUGCGGAUUUUGGUUGUCAAGUUCAUUUACGAAUAAAUUUCAAAAUUGUUUUAAUAAAUCCAAGUCCAUAAAGAGACAACAACCCGACUCAAAUCACCAAGAGACCGAGUACGAACUGCAAAGUCACUUGUUUUAUACACCCGAAUAUAUUUCUGAUGGUAAAAAGUGCUUAUGCUGGAGUGCGGCAUCAUUAACAAACGGUUCUAAUGUGACAUACACAAUGAAAAAUGACUAUUCCAAUUCCACACAUUUUAAUUAUCAUAGUCAGUCAAGUAACCAUAAACAUCAUGACCAUUAUUGUUGUAAUAACAGUCAAAGUCAAAAUUAUCAGUAUCAGCAGUGUCCAUUACUCCUCAAGUAUUCAUCUAAAAACUUUUGGUUUGAUACAUUUCCUUCCACACAAAUCAUUCCAGACACAUCGACUGUUUUAUAUAAUCAUUUUUACGAAGUACCUGAUGUUAGAUUCUGCAGUAAUCAAAAGCAGACAGUACCACAACCAGUUUAUACAAUUUUAGAAUGUGACAAAAGUGUGCGAAUAAGUAUUUUAGAGCCGAUAAGAUAAGAACUGGAUCCGUUUUUUAUGUGUUUUAAAUUUUUCUUUCCUGAAAUAAAGAUACAUAUCUGUUAGAUUUAUUAAGAAAACUGAUAUAAGUCAGAUUGAUAUUAGUCAGUUUACUAAGCUGUGGUUCUGUAGUAUAGUCAAGCAGCAAGAUAGAUUUGACAUAAUUCCAAUUAUUUAAUUCCUAUUUACUUAUAUUAUGUGAUAUAAGUUAUUUGUUCACCGUAAAUGAAAAAAAUGACACGCAUAUGCAUUGCCAAAACAUGUGUGUUACUGUAUAUAAGCUUUAUUUGAUUUACGCUAUAUUGUUCACCUUUUAUUUUCAGAAGAUUAAUACAACAUAUAGUACGAUGUAAUCGGUUUACUUUGCAUUUUACUAAUACAUGAAC